CCAGAACGUCCGCGGUGAAGCUCCGCUGGAUUUUCAUGAUCGCCUUUUAGCGAUAACAACAGCAAGAGACGUCGUUUUUUAAAAUAACACCGCAACAACUGCAUACUUUAUGAAAAUGCUUCCUGUGCAGUGCAGCCCACAGUAGGAUGAUCAAGAAUCAAGAAGAAGAUGAGUUCAUUGCAGUGCGGGUCCAAGACCCCAGAGUUCAGAGUGAAGGCUCUUGGAAUUCAUAUGUGGAUUACAAGAUAUUCCUCCACACCAACAGUAAGGCCUUCACAGCCAAGACAUCAUGUGUGCGCCGGCGAUACAGCGAGUUUGCCUGGCUGAGGAAGAAGCUUCAGAAGAAUGCUGGCUUGGUGCCUGUCCCAGAGCUUCCUGGGAAGUCUCUGUUCUCCUUUAACAAUGAAGACUUUUUGGAGAGGAGAAGAAAAGGCCUUCAAGUCUUUCUGGACAAAGUGGUACACAUGACGGUAUGUCUGUCAGACAGUCAGCUCCACCUCUUCCUGCAGACUGAACUGCCAAUUGGUCACAUCCAGGACUGUGUGCAAGGCCAUACUCCUUAUACUGUGACAGACGCCAUCCUCACCUAUGCUUCGUCCAAUCGUGGCUUUGCUCAGGCUCAGGAGGAGGAUCUGAACAAGGAGCCCAGUUUGAUUGCAGUUCCCUAUGAGUCCAUGGAAAGCCCAGCUCCACAUGUACCUACUCUGCAAAAUAAAGACCCACCCACAUCAAGCGACCCCAACCCUCUUGAGGCCAUAGUGGAGAUCAAGGUCAGCCACACUGACAAGUCCUCUCUUAAGGUCCUCCAGAAGAACAACCAUCUAGAGGCCAUUGUUAAGCAACACGAACCAGCAACCUUUUUUCUGGGUGACAGCCAGGAUGACCUAUCCCCACAGAGAGCCAGUCCAGCACAGCAAACCUUGCAGAUGGGCUGUCGAAUUCAGACACCAGUAGAGGUUCACUCACCCAUGGGGACAGGCUUUGAGGAUGACUGUGAGUUGGAGAAGGUGAAUGAGGAACACGAGAACUGCACUGUAACAGAAGAGAGCCUAAUGAGAUUAGUUACGGCUAAAGAGACAGUUCCCAGUGGUCAAAGUGUCUGUAAUCAGGACAGCCCAGAAGAAGCUGGUCAAACAGACGGUGUUGGGGAGGUAGCACUGGAAAAAUUCAGCCAUCAGCUAGAGGUUCCAGAACAGUGUGCUAGCCCUGAGGAGGAACGUCUGAUGUAUCUUGUUGGCUCUGAGGAAUCUGUUCCACAGCAGAUCCACUCUGACAGAUUUUUUUUAAAACAUGUCACCUCUGAGAAUAAGGUCCUAGAACAUGGUGACAACUACAUUCCAGAUAUCAACUGUUCUGAGGAGAGUCAGGGCUCAGAUGAGCAAACAGACCUAGAUAGUGAACAGUGGGAUGACCUGGGGUGUGGAAAUGAGGCAGCACCAAAUUCUGAAAUCUGUGGAGAAACGCACAAUAUGAGCAUUGUGCCAGAGGUGGAAGAUGGUGGCAAUGAGGCCAUCAUAAAAAAAGACUCUCUGGUGGACCAGGGUCAACAGGAAGUAGAUUUAGUUAAGAAUAGUAACAAUGGAAGUAGUGAGGAGGACAGAAAGUCUUUGCUAUCUUCAGAUGAAAGUAUCACAAAGAUCAGUGAUGAAGAAAGUAUGCCCGAUGAGACAGAGGACAUCAUCCAGAGUACCAAUGGCUACUUGGAGAUUCCUGCUGAGGAAGUUACUCAUUGGCCAGAAGUAGAGGCCUCCAGCAGGGAUAAUAUAGAACAACAAAUGAAUGGAAACUCAGUGGAGGAAGAAAGCAUUUCUAAUAUACAAAGUCCCCAGGAGAAAACAAACCGGGUUGAGGCUAAAAAAGAUGAGGCACUCCAACACACAGCUGACAUCAUUAGCUUGGCUAAAACUCUGGAUCUGAAGUCCACUGGACCAGUGGACAGUGGAGACUGGACUCAACGGAGAGACGCCAACAUCCCAGAGGUUGACUGUGUAGUUGACUCAACCAAUUGCAAAUCCACAGAGCAGAUUAUCCUGCCCUCUUCCUCUUCGAACAUUUCAGAGGAGGGAAGUUUAGCAAAUGUAAGAGUCAACAACACAGACUGAGAACCUCAGCCAGGGCUGCUGCACACUCACUGAGGCUGAACAACGAAUGGUGGGAAUGCCUUUUGCCAAAGAUGCAUUCAUUGAGACUUGCACACACACACUGCAUAUUAAGAGUGAAAGUAUUAACUAAGGUUUAUUAUUCACGUUCUGCAAGCAUUGACUGGCGAUUUGAGUUUUAUCAUCAGACAUUUUGUAGAAAUUGGUUUGUUUUUUUAGUUGAUUUAAAAAAAAAAACAUAACACAUUUAACGUUGUCCCUUUACCUUACCUGUUCCUUGACUCGGCUGGUCUUGUUGAUGGCAAUGUUUAAACAGCAGAGGGCGGUAAAGCUCACCAAAGGAUGUAUGCGUUUACAUCAAAUGCCCGCCCAUGGGCAAAGAGAACACUGGUUUUAUGAACAUAUGGGUUCAGAGUUCAUUAGCGUGUGUGUAAACAGGACGUUUGAUGUUUUAAGUAUCUGAUUAUUAACUCAGAUCUGGUUGAAGAUGUGUGACAACAGUAAAGUAUUUUAAAGCUGUAAAGCAGAAACAAAGUCACUGGAGUAUCUUUUAAAAUGUGCUUUCUCCUUAUUGUAGAUAAACAGCUGUUCCCAAUUCAAGGCUUGUAAUUAUGGUCGUUUCAGUUUAUGUUUAACGAUUGAUAGGCUUUGGAUAAUUGUGGCUGCAGUAGUGAACUGCACCCCAGUCCACAUCACCGAUAAGGGCACACGGGGUCUUGAUUUGUUCGUCAGUGUUUUGGGGUUGAAAGCCUUGCUAUGAAAAGCCAUUUUAACAUUUAUUUACUCAAGCCAUUUUGAAUAAUAGAUAUUUAGUCCUCAUUUCUAGGGACCCAUAAUUCCAUUAAUAUAUUAAUUUCAAUAAAGGGAAAGACCACCCAAAAAUUGACUUGACCUUUUAAUUGCUUAUGAAGUUAAAUGGGAAAUGAUGAAUAUAAAGAUAUUCACAUUUUUAAUUAUGGCUAGUCAAAAUAUUGUUAAAGCAUGAAAGUAUAGGGAAAUGCAAGAUGAUUUCAGUCAUAACCAGUCAAAAUGUUUACUUACGAUAAAGCUAAUGUAAUUACAGUAAGUCGUACAUUGGAUGAAAUGUUUACCAUGUACUUUAUCCAACCUCCUAAUCAAUUCCAAAUUAUUUAUAAUUUUUACUAUUCAUAGCUCCAGUAACAAACAUGACUAGGUUAUGCCAAUUAUUCCUGGUUAAUUAGGGCAAGUUCUUAUGAGCCUUACCAAUCCCUUCUGAGAAAGGAAACAGAUCACCUACAGUCAACGACCACCAACUGGGAAAUAGAUGUCAAAGAUCAACGCAAAAGCUUCCUACCACUCUAUAAUCUUUGCGUCCAAAGUCAAUCUGGACACCUACAUUACAUCACAUGGUUUAAUGUCUAAACCAUGUGAAAACAAAACUUGUCACGUCAUAUGUAAAUCGGUAGAAACGUUACUACUGCUUUGUCAUUUGACAAAGUACCUUUGUCUGAAAAUUGUACAACCACAGUUGUCCUUCGCUAAGCGAGGCUCGAGUGUCUCUGACCACAGCGUUUAGUUGAAAAUGUAGUGCACUGCAUGCAAAACCACAUUGGUUUUGAUGAUAAUAUGUUGGCAAUUCAAGUGCCUGGGCUGUUUCAGUGCUGGAAGCUUCUUGAGCGUCAUUGUUGAAAUGAUAGGAUGUUACAUGAAUUUAUGCUUCAAUUUUUUAUUAUUACAUGUGAGUUUUUUUUUUUAAUUUGCCUUUUUUUUCUAUUUGAGUUUAGACCAAUUUAGCGAAUGGAAAUUUGAUAUACAAAUUAUCAGUAUUCUGUGCAUGUGUGGCAUGUUAGUGGUGUGUGUGUGUGUGACACAUGGAAAGCUAAAUAUUCAAUCUGGCUAUAAAUGGAAAAACUACAGUGCUAGGGUCAGGCUAAUAUUCAUUAAAAAGAUAAAUGAUAGAACAGUAGCAAUAUGCAACUGGAUUCACAUUAUCUGAUCUAUGCUACAUAUAGAAUAUUUUCCCCUCUUCUGACCUGUAAUGUAUUGCAUUUCCUCUUUUUGAGUUUUUGGUGCCAUUCAUAUCCUAGCCAAAUUUUCCCACAAACCACAAGUGAGUAUUUUGCUACUAUUCACAAUUUGAGGUUUCAUUUUCAUAAAUUUCCCUGAGAAGUUUUGUAGUGCACUUAAACAGAUGCAUGCAAACUAGGAAACAAAAUAUAUAUAUAUAAAUAUAGUGCUACUGUACAUUUGUUGACCCUGUUGCAGCUGACUUUGUGAUUAUAUUGUAUGUUCUUUUAAUUUCUGUCUUGUUUGCUGUAGUAAUGGUGUGUUGAAUGCAUUAUCGUGCAGACUUGGGCCUUGAGGCUGACAUCCUGCUUACACACACUGCUGAGGUGACAACAGGGUUUUUCAAUUAAUGUUUGUCAAAUGACAGAGUCUGGAAAGCUCCAUUAAUUUUCAAAACACAAAAUUCCCCUUUUGUCAGAACAGAGGCUAUUUAUGCAAGCCUGAAUCAUUUUAAAUCGUACCCAUUCAUAAUUUUGAAAAUCCGAGCCAAACUGAACCAGAAAAUGUCCUCUUGAAAUUAACAGGGAGUUAAAUUGACCGAGCUGCCGGUUUGGACCCGCAGUUGGACCGUGAUAUUUUUACAUGAUAAUGCUGCUUGUGUUUGUCAUUAGUUUUUGAAUGCUUCUUUUUGCCUUUAAAAAAGGGACCCAGAUUUCAUAGUUUCAAACAGAAGCAAGCCUUUUACUCAUUUCCUUUGUCUCUAAUAGCUGAGUUUGAAGUUUAUUGUCUGUCUUGGCGUCAAAGCGGUGACUGCUGAAGGACGCCCAGAUGGCAAAUUCUCGUAAUCCUGACACGGUAAUCUGCACUGUUGCACCGAACAGAUCGCACCGACCGUCAUAGGAUUUGGCAAAAGAGCGGUUUUUAAAAUGAAAGUUUGUUUCAUAGUCAAAACAUUCACACAUUCACAUAGGUGAAAGCCCCCCCCACCCCCACCCCUACCUUUAAAGGAUGUACAAGGGCAAUAGUGUUAAUUUCACUGUCAUAGUAAAUGGUGUCUGUUACCUGGGAAUUUAGAUGUACACCAAAAUAAACCGUUUUCACCCCUGUGAA